UCUGUCACCGAGCCAAGGUGAAAUCAGUCAUUCGAUAUUUUCUUAGAGAGCGAGAGUGCGUGAGAGAGGGACUCGUGGAGGGUCGCUCGGCGCGAUGCGUGGAGGCCAGGUGACACAGAAUGCCGAGGUCGUGUUGCGACGCCAUGAGCUUCAAAUGGCGGAUCGUCGCGCCUUAUAAACCCUAAUUCUCCAUUCUUCUGCUUCCCAUCAAAACCCCGUCGAGAGUUCUUCGAUUUCUUUUACCCAGGUAAUGGCGGAGGUGGCUAAAGUUCUGUACAUAGUGGUGGAGGAUGUAGAAGACAAGCGAGAGAAAGAGAGAGAGUCGUUUAGGUACACGCGCCCGGUUCUGCAGAGUACCCUGCAGCUCAUGGGAUGUAAAGCUCGGCAUGCGUUUAAGAUAAGCCAACGAGUUUUUGAAUUGAUAAGAAGUGAAAAUCCAUGUGAUCCUUUGCUUCCAGAAGUAACGAGCACGCCAAUGUUGGAUGCUUCAGCAGGUCUUGAGAAGUUAAAUGGUUGUCCUACCAGUAAUUGCCUGGGCAAAACAAAAGUGGGCAGCCAUUUGGUUGCAGCGAGAGAUGAAAGAAUUCAGGCUGUGCCAUUUGAAUUGUACAAAAGACGAAAGACAGUUGUUAUUAGAAGGGAGACUUUCCUAAACGUUGUCUGUGAUGCUCUGGCUGAGUAUAAGUAUGUGGGUCCCAACCAGAGGGCAGAUUUGGUUUUGGCAUGCAGAAUCCGAGAAAGGAAAGAAUCGGUAACUAUCUUGUUGUGUGGCACAAGUGGCUGUGGCAAGUCUACGUUGUCAGCAUUGCUGGGUAGUAGGUUGGGGAUCACUACAGUUAUAUCAACUGAUUCAAUCCGUCAUAUGAUGAGAAGUUUUGUAGAUGAAAAGCAAAACCCUCUACUCUGGGCUUCAACCUACCAUGCAGGGGAGUUCUUGGAUCCUGUGGCUGUUGCAGAAGCAAAGGCCAGAAGGAAAGCAAAAAAACUGGCUGGCAUUACGCACUCAGUUCCCAAGGAUGAACUAGCUGACGGUUCUACUACUGAGAUAUCUGAUACUAGAUCCUCAAAGGUGGGUUCUAGCCCAACUGAAUUAAUCAGUCCAAAGCAGAUGGCCAUUGAAGGAUUUAAGGCGCAAAGUGAGAUGGUAAUUGACAGUCUUGAUCGGCUGAUCACUGGAUGGGAAGAGCGAAAAGAAUCAGUAGUUGUUGAGGGUGUUCACUUGAGCCUUAAUUUUGUGAUGGGGCUUAUGAAGAAACAUCCUUCUAUCAUACCAUUCAUGAUAUACAUAACAAAUGAGGACAAACACUUGGAACGAUUUGCUGUACGUGCUAAAUAUAUGACACUGGACCCUGCAAAAAACAAGUAUGUGAAGUAUAUCCGAAACAUCAGAACAAUCCAGGAAUAUCUCUGCAAGCGAGCUGACAAGCAUCUUGUCCCCAAAAUAAACAAUACCAAUGUUGAUAGGAGUGUAGCAGCCAUCCAUGCUACUGUUUUCAGUUGCCUUCGAAGGUGUGAGGCUGGGGAACAGCUUUAUGAUCCUACCACAAACACUGUUACUGUGAUUGAUGAGGAGUACAGGAACCAGUGUGCUGCAAAUUCAUUGAGCUCCAAGGGAAUGUUUCAACUGAUUCAGAGGAAAGGUUCCUCUAGGGAUCUCAUGGCUCUUGUUAAUACUGAUGGAUCUGUCGCAAAGGCUUGGCCUGUGGAUUCAGUCGAUAGUAAUGGGAAGCCCAUUUUGGGCCAUGGGACUCAGAUUGGCAAGGCUGAACUGGUUAAUCUUCAGUUUGGUCUCUAUGGAAUCAGUGCCUGGCCCAGUGAUGGUGGCACUAGUCGUGCUGGAAGUGUUGAUGAGUCAAGGGCUGAUGGGACUGAUACUGGUAGUAGAUAUUUAUCUUCUUGCUGCAGCUCGCCAAGGAUUUCAGAUGGACCUUCCAAGGAGCUAAAGGAGGAGCUGUCAGUGCAUGGCAGUGAUGAAGAGGUUGACGAUCUGGCGGAGGCAGGUAGUGAUGAUGAUCUAAGUGAUGUUGAUCACGAAGAUGUCCUUGAAGAGAUUGGUUCGGUCGACGAGGAGUCUACAAAAUCGGAUGAAGAGUAUGAGGAUCUGGCAAUGCAGGACAUGCAGGAGAAUGGCUACUGGUCAGAUAAUGAUGAGGGGGCCAAAGAUAAGCUUGCGCCUGUUUCCAAGGACCAAAACCUGGAGCUCUAUCAUAGAACCAAAAGUGAGCCUUUGUCGGAGCUGUGCUCUUACUCAUUGCUUGUGGAGAAAAAUGAGAGUAGAAUGCCUUCUGGCAAUCUCAAAAUGAGAACACGAUCCCUAAGCAUUCCAGCCCACAGAAAGCAUGGGUCGUUUAUGGGAGGCCCUAUUCUUUCAGGGGCUUCUCAAGGGUAAAAUCGUAAAUAUAUUAUUUCAGUUUUUAGAACUAUUUUUUCGAGUUUCUGUCCUUUUUUCCCCCCCUAAAGUGAACCUAAGCAAUUCACCUGAUCUCCCUCACAGAUGUUUGUGUAUAGGGCUGGUACAAGGUUAGGAUGAAUGACUCAAGAAUGCUCUUUAAUGUGCAUGUUCUGUUGUUUAGAAUGCUAAUGUUCCGCAGUUCAGGCAA